AUGAUGGUAAGUGACGUCACGAUGCUGCUCAACGAGUUCGUCAACACAGUCUUCUUGGGCCAAGUCGGGGAUUCCCAGCAGCUUGCAGCCGUGGGGCUGGGAAACAUGAUGCAAAACUGCUGUGCUCUGACCAUUGGCAUGGGCCUGACCAGCGCGCCGGACACGUUCGUCAGCCAGGCAAACGGUGCGGGAGAGCAUUCGCAGUGCACGCAAUAUCUCCAGCGCAGCCGCCUUGUCACAGCAGUGCAGCUGGUCUGGAUGAUUCCGUUGCUCUGGUUCACUGAUUCCAUCCUCCUGGCGCUGGGUCAGCAUGAAGGCGUCUCGAGAUAUGCGGCUGCUUACAAUCGCGCGGCUGUCUUUGGACUCUUCGGAAACUUCCAGUAUCAGGUCAUCGUGUCAUAUCUGCAGAACAUGGAGAUGCCACUGCCUCCUUGGGUAUCCACAGCCACGAGCCUCCUCCAUGUGGUGUGGGCCAUACUCUUCGUGGUGGUGUUCCAGUGGGGCAACAUGGGCGCCGGAGUGGCGAAUGCCCUGACUUGGACCAUGCAGUGGCUCAUCGGGUCUGCGUUUUUGGUUAGCCAGGCAUCCGAGCUCCAUGCCACACCACGACAACUGCUGCUUGUCCAGAAGGAGGCUUUCCGCCAAUGGCCAAGCUACAUGGAAGUAGCCCUCCCCGCCACAGUCCAGGUUUGCAGUGAGCUCUGGUUUUGA